AACUUAGAAAUUAACUAUACACUAUUGAGAAUUUUCCUUUAUCUUCCUUUCAAAAUUCUUCAACAUUCUUUAAGAUGAAUAUUAACUUUGCAUUUUUGGCCAUUUUCCUUGUUAUAUUUUUCAGCUUGGAUUUUGUUCAUGGUUUGUCUGUGAAAAAAGUGAUUGAUUCUCCUCUUUUAACAGAGAAGAUUGACACCAAUCGUACAAUAAUAGUAGAUGUUAAUGGCCAAGGGAAUUUUAAAUCUGUUCAAGCUGCAAUUAAUUCAGUUCCAGAUGGGAAUUCUGAUUGGAUUAUUAUCCAUGUUAGAAAAGGGACAUAUAGAGAAAAAGUCCAUGUACCAACAAAGAAACCCUACAUUUUCAUGAGAGGCAAUGGAAAAGGUAGGACAUCAAUUGUAUGGGCAGAAAGUUCCACAGACAACUCCAAAUCUGCAACUUUCAGAGUUGAAGCUCCUAAUUUCGUUGCCUUUGGCAUUAGUUUCAAGAAUCAAGCACUAAAUGGUGUAACUUCUACCUCACAAAACAAAUCAUCAGUAGCAGCUUUGGUUGGAGCAGACAAAGUUGCCUUCUAUCAUUGUGCAUUUUUGAGCUCUCACAACACUCUCUUUGACUAUAAAGGCAGACACUAUUAUGAUGAUUGUUACAUUCAAGGUUCCAUAGAUUUCAUCUUUGGCCGUGGCCAAUCUUUAUUUCAUAGCUGUGAGAUAUUUGUAAUUGCAGAUAGAAGGGUAGAGAUUGAGGGUUCAGUGACAGCACAAAGUAGAUAUAGUGCCAAAGAAAACAGUGGUUUUGUGUUUGUAGAAGGAAAGGUGUAUGGAAUUGGAGGUGUGUACUUAGGAAGAGCCAAAGGGGCUUAUUCCAGGGUCAUUUUUGCACAUACUUACUUGUCUAAGACAAUUGUACCUCAAGGUUGGACUAAUUGGAGCUCUCCAGGAUCAACAAAGAAUUUAUAUCAUGCUGAAUACAAGUGCUAUGGACCAGGGUCUGGUACAGAAGGUCGUGCCCCAUGGUCAAAGCAAUUGAAUGACAAAGAAGCCAUGCCAUUCCUCUCCGUAAAUUUCAUCCAAGGCAAAGAAUGGCUCCUAGCUUGGCUUUAAAAUUGAUUAUUUUUGAAGAUUACAAAUUCUCUUUUUCUUCUUCACACCAGAGACUUUAAUUUGCCUCUUUGGAAUGAUAAGAUAGACGAAUAUAUAUUAGUUAAUCAUACUAUUUAUUAGCCAUGAAGUGCAUCUUGUGUUAAUUAUGAUGCCUCUGGCUAAACCUUUUUGUUAUUGAAACAGUUAGUGUAAAGUUUCACACUGAAUAUAUAGUGAAUAAUUACACAUCUAUGGUUAUAGUUACAGUUACUUAAUGUA